GUUCCUGGGUAGAACUCCACUUCAGCAGUAAUGGAAAUGGCAGUGGAAACACUGCUGCUCUGACAAGCCAAGAACAAGUACCAGCCUCCAUUUCCAUUCACAAUGGUGACAUGGAGAAAAUACUCCUUGAUGCUCAACAUGAAUCUGGAAGAAGCAGUUCAAGAGAAAGUUCACAUUGCGACAGCCCUCCUCGUUCCCAGACACCUCAGGACAGUCACAGAGCGUUGGAAAUAGAGAGUCACAGCAGUGGAGAAAAGAAUAGCUUUCAGUCUGAAGAAGAUUUUCUGGAAAGGAGAAAAGAAGUAGAAAGGCUCCUGAAGAAGAAUGCAGACUGGAUAUGGGAUUGGUCCAGCAGGCCGGAGAACAUCCCACCAAAGGAAUUCCUUUUUAAACAUCCCAGGCGCACAGCUACUCUCAGCAUGAGAAACACCAGUGUAAUGAAGAAAGGGGGCAUAUUCUCAGCGGAAUUUCUGAAGGUUUUUCUUCCAUCUCUGCUUCUUUCUCAUUUGCUUGCCAUUGGACUAGGGAUCUACAUUGGAAGACGCCUUACAACCACAGCUUCAAGCAGUACUUUUUAA